UAUAAUUGUGUGUUGUUAUUUGAGCCUUUUUUGUUUUGGGGUUGGUCGAAAGGAUAUUGUUGUAUGGUCCGAAACCAACCAAUGGCCACAUCCACUACUACUGCUCAUAUCGCCAACGGCUUCGGUAUCGGAAAUUCUCGCCGCCGGCAUCCCACCUCUUCUUGUUCAUUAACUCCAAACAACACCAUCUUACUUGGCUUCACUCGCCCACGCGCCACCACUCUUCGUUUCAACUCCGUCCUCAAUAUCACCGGUCCAUUUUACACCCACCGUCGUUCCCCGCCACCGUGUUCUGUACGCGCCUCAGCUUCCUCUGCUGACCAGCCCACUUCUUCAGCAGGGCAAGGGGUUGAAAAUGUGGUGAUAAUUGGUUCAGGUCCGGCUGGCUACACAGCAGCAAUCUAUGCUGCUCGUGCCAAUUUAAAACCUGUAGUGUUUGAGGGGUAUCAGAUUGGCGGUGUUCCUGGUGGACAAUUGAUGACCACUACUGAGGUUGAGAACUUUCCAGGUUUUCCUGAGGGAAUUACUGGUCCAGAUUUGAUGGAGCGGAUGCGGAAUCAAGCUGAGCGUUGGGGAGCAGAACUUUUUCAAGAAGAUGUAGAAUUUAUUGACACGAAUUCACGUCCGUUUACCGUACAAAGUACCGAUCGAAAGGUGAAAUGCCAUAGUAUUAUAGUAGCUACCGGAGCAACUGCCAGAAGACUCAAUUUACCCCGUGAAGAGGAGUUCUGGAGUAGAGGAAUUAGUGCAUGUGCAAUUUGUGAUGGAGCUUCACCACUUUUCAAGGGUCAAGUUCUUGCAGUUGUUGGAGGAGGUGAUACAGCUACCGAAGAAGCAAUAUAUCUGACUAAAUAUGCUCGACAUGUGCAUUUACUCGUACGCAGGGAUCAAAUGAGGGCAUCAAAAGCGAUGCAAGAUAGAGUUCACGAUAAUCCGAAUAUCACAGUGCACUACAACACAGAGACGCUGGAUGUGGUCAGCAAUACAAAAGGACAGAUGUCUGGCAUAAAGAUCAAGAAACAUGAUACUGGGGAGGAAUCUGUGCUGGAGGCUAAAGGACUAUUUUAUGGAAUUGGCCAUUCUCCAAACAGCCAAUUGCUGGAAGGACAAGUUGAUCUGGAUAGUGCGGGAUAUAUUUUGGUCGAGGACGGAAAUGCAAAGACUUCUGUAGAAGGGGUGUUUGCUGCUGGAGAUGUUCAGGACCAUGAAUGGAGGCAAGCUAUAACUGCAGCUGGAUCAGGAUGCAUUGCCGCUCUGUCAGUGGAGAGAUAUCUUGUCAGCAAUGAUCUACUUAUUGAAUUUCACCAGCCCCAUACUGAAGAAGUUAAGAAGGAGCUCACGCCAAGAGAUGUGCAGGAAGGGUUUGACAUUACAAUUACUAAGCACAGGGGCCAGUAUGCAUUGCGUAAAUUGUACCACGAAAGUCCUAGACUCAUUUGUGUGCUAUAUACAUCGCCAACUUGUGGUCCAUGUAGGACCUUGAAGCCAAUUCUCGGCAAGGUGAUAGACGAGUUUGAUCAGAAUGUCCAUUUUGUUGAGAUUGAUAUUGAAGAAGAUCCCGAGGUUGCAGAGGCAGCAAAUAUUAUGGGUACACCGUGUGUACAGUUCUUUAAGAACAAAGAAAUGAUCAGGAGUGUAUCAGGUGUCAAAAUGAAGAAAGAGUACAGAGAAUUUAUCAAUGCAAAUAAGUGAGUUUUUUCUGUUCAUUCGUCUACAAGUGUUCCACUAGCUCAUGUUGUCAUUCAAUUUUGAUAUUCCAAAUUGGCUAGUUAAAUUCUUCCUUGUAAUUUAAACAAUUUAUACUGAUCACAUCGCAAUAUAGAUGCCGAGCUCUUAAUGCAGUAUCAGAUUGUAUUUGACAA